CUCGUAGCAUACCUCUUGCAGACACUUCUCCACCUCCUCCUCGACCUCGGUCGCUCUUCUUGCCUCAAGCCACUGCCCCCGCCGCUUCCCCUCCCGCACCAAUGGCGAAUCUGCCGCCUUCGCUCUCCGUCGGGCCCUCCUUCGGCGCGCCCUCCCCACCACCUCCGCCGCCCUCGUCCUCGUCCGCCGCCGCCAACGCCGCCGCCAACGCCGCUGCCGGAGGGAGGGACCGCAAGAUGGUGUCCGCGGAGCAGCUCGUGCUCGACCUCUGCGACCCGGAGCUGCGCGAGAACGCUCUCCUCGACCUCUCCAAGAAGCGAGAGAUUUUCCAAGAUCUGGCUCCACUCCUGUGGCACUCCUUUGGCACAGUUGCUGCACUACUCCAGGAGAUUGUUUCAAUCUACCCUUCACUUUCACCCCCGACUUUGUCGCCAGUUGCAUCAAACCGUGUCUGCAAUGCACUUGCACUUCUCCAGUGCGUUGCUUCACACCCUGAUACCAGGAUACCUUUCCUGAAUGCUCACAUCCCACUGUACCUGUACCCGUUCCUGAAUACUACCAGCAAGACAAGGCCAUUUGAGUACUUGAGGCUUACCAGCUUGGGUGUCAUUGGUGCUCUUGUGAAGGUUGAUGAUUCUGAAGUAAUUGGAUUUCUGCUUCAAACUGAAAUAAUUCCUCUUUGUCUGCGUACUAUGGAGAUGGGCAGUGAACUUUCCAAAACAGUGGCCACCUUUAUUGUUCAGAAGAUCCUGCUUGAUGACAUUGGGCUGCGCUACAUUUGCGCAACUGCCGAGCGUUUCUUCGCUGUGGCCACUGUCUUAGCUCAGAUGGUCCAGGCACUGGCUGAACAGCCCUCUGCAAGGCUGCUGAAGCACAUAAUCCGCUGCUACCUGAGGCUGACAGAGAACGCGAGGGCAUGUGCUGCGCUCAACAGCUGCCUCCCCACCGUGCUGAAAGAUGGGACCUUCAACUCCUUCCUCCAGCAGGACGAUCACGUGACUAGGCGCUGGCUCCAGCAGCUGCUGCACAACAUGACUGUGGCCGGGAUGGCCGGAGGAAGCUCUCAUGCCGGCGGCAUGGGGGUAGGCCCUGCUGGCAUGGGGGGCGGGAGCUCCCACGGCGGCAUGGGUGGAGGUGGCCCUCACGCGGGCCUCGACCACCUCAUGGGGCUGUGAAUGAAGGAAUGAAGCUUGCGUCCGCACCGCAGAAGACUCAUCCAAGGCCCCCAAGGGUACUAGGGUGCGUGUUCGAGAGUCUGAAAACCUUUGCCGUGCGGCGCUGUCUAUGUGUCUGUUGUAGUCGUCCCUGUCGUCGUACCUAGCUCCGUGUUGUCUGUAGCGUCUGUCGGUGUCGUUCAAAAGAAGAAUAGCUUCUGCCCUUCGCGGGGGGAAGAAGAAGGUAUGGUCCUAGUAUUGGGGUACUGUGUGUUUCCCUGGCCUUGGUUACAUAGCCUGUCUAGGGUGUACAAAGACAAAUAAGCCUGUGCAGCAGAGCUGCCCCCCUGCUCCUGGCAAAAUGUCCCAAGGAUGGUCAGGGGGUAGUCGUCAAAGUGAACCGUGUCAGUCUAUACAAUAAGGAAAACUUUGUGGUCA